UUUUAAAUGGACUUAUGAUAACUUCAUCAGCAGUACAUUUAAUUAACCUGAGUUUUAUCUUACUAAUAUGUUGCACAGGAUACCAUUACAAGCAUAUGACUAGCCAUAGACUGGAGAAAAAUCAUGUCCAAUAAAAACCACACAGACCAAAAUAACAAAAAUCAAAAGUUUCAUCCUAGAAAAUCUAGAACAAAUCCAUCUGUAAAUGCAGAAAGCAUCCAAUUUGAUUCUAAGUUGCCUAAACAACAGAAUGAACAAUCACGUCCAAGUGGUUCCAGUACAAAAGAAGAACAAAAGAAAAAAACACAGAAUUCAGAUAAUAGGCAAGAAAAUUGGAUAAAAAACCAAAAUUUGGAAAAUAGACAAUCACAAUGGAAAUUUAAACAAAUUUCAGAAAACAGACAAGAAAGAGAAGGACAAAAAAAAAUUGAGCAAAAACAAAACUUGAAUAAUGAAAAAAAAUAUAAAAAUAAGUAUACUUUUGGAUUCAUACGCCUUAGAGAAUUAUGUGAUAAGGAUCCUUCUGAAAUUGUAUUUGUGAUGUCUAAUAAAGCUAAUGGAUUCAUGGAUUUAUUUAAACAAAAUAAAGAACCAGAUUGGAUAUUCUUGCUUAUGAAAGUUUCAGCUAAAAUUUGUUAUUCAGAAUUAAUGCAAAGCAAAAUUUCUUUACUGACAGAACUAUCAUGUAAUCAAUUUCUUAGUCAUAUAAAAAACUAUAUAUUGAGUACACCUACAGAAAAAAAUAUAAAUCGUUGUAACAAUAUGAAUACAUUUUAUGAAGAUUGUUUAAUAGUUUUUCAAUCCAUAAUUAUGUUAUUUCCAAAAACAGCAGAAGAAAAAUUAAAAGAGAUAUUAAUUAGUAGUAAUGUUGCUUUAACUGGUAUUAAAACGUAUAGUAGUCAUAUUAAAAUAAAUGAAACUAUAAUUGCUGGAAUGAAUGAGCUGUUACAAAAACUGAACGAAAUAAAAGUAGCAGAUGAAUUAAAAUUAAGAGAAAAAUGUAUAAUUGAUAAUAUAGCUCAAAUUAUACCACCUCCUGAAAAUUUUAGGGAACUCACAGUAUAUCCAACUGCAAAUGAUCUUGAAUGUGGUGAACCAUUUUUACGACCAAAUAUAUUAAAAGGAGCUUUUCAGAACGUAGAACACUAUUUAGAUGUUCAAUUUCGUCUUUUACGUGAGGAUUUUAUCGCUCCACUACGAGAAGGAAUACAAUUUUAUAAAAAAUCAAUAAAUGAUAAACAACAAUCUCAACAUCGUAAAAAAAUAAGCAAUAUUCGUAUUUAUCGUAAUGUUGAAUUUCAAAAAAAAGGUGAAUUUGUUCGUGAUAAAUAUGGUUAUUUGAUAAAUUUUGAUAAAAAGAAAACAUUAAAAAUAAACUGGGAUAUGACUAAACGUUUCAUGUAUGGUUCUUUAUUGCUAUUUUCUGUUGAUAAUUUUAAGACAUUUUUUUUGGGCACUGUUUUGGAUCGAAAGAUAACACUUUUGAAACAAGGAAAGUUAAUUGUGGAAUUAUUAGAAGAUGCAAAACCUUUAUUUAAUACACCUCUUACCGUGGUAGAGAGUGAGGUAUAUUUUGAACCAUAUAAAUGUUCAAUGGAAGCUCUCAAAAAUAUUUAUGAUCAUAAUUUUCCAAUGGAAAAAUAUAUAAUAUCAGCUGUUACAUUAAUUCAGUAUCCAUGUUACAUUGCCACAUUACCUCAACCAAUCUAUACAAUUGAUGAUAUAGAUAAUAUCCAUAUAGUAAAUAUGUAUCAAUGGCCUCCUAAAGAAUUACUACAACUUGAUGAAAUGCAAUAUAGAGCAUUUAGAGCAGCAAUAACUCAAGAAUUUACAGUUAUUCAAGGGCCACCUGGUACUGGAAAAACAUUUAUUGGAUUGAAAAUUAUGAAAACCAUUAUAAGUAAUUUAUAUAACAACCAAUGUCUUUCUAAACCAAUUUUAGUAGUGUGUUACACUAAUCAUGCAUUAGAUCAAUUCAUCGAAGGUAUUUUAAGUUUCACAAACAAAGUUAUAAGAAUUGGUGGUCAAUCUAAGUCCAAAAUACUAGAAGAAUACAGUUUAAGGAAUAUUACUCGUAAAUAUAAAAGAUCCUAUACUACUAAUAGAGGUUUAAGAAAUGUUCAAGAACAAGUUAGAAAAAUUAUGAAUAAUAUAAACUAUUUUAAGACGAUUAGUGAAGUUGUAUCAUACAAUGCUGGAAUAUUAGAUAUAUCGUUACUGAAAAAUGGUAUGCCUAAAAAAUAUCAUCGGUUUUUUACAACUGCUAUAAAUCUUCUUUCUUGGUUAUUUCAAGAUUCUGAUUACUUUGAUGUAGAUCCAAUAGAGUUUAUUAGUAAAACUAGCCAUGAAUUAAUCAAUAAAGUCUAUCAUUCCGAAAAAUUGUUGAAAAUCGAUGUAGAAGUAAAUGAAAGUGAUGAUGAAGAUGAGCGAUAUGAACCUGAUAAUUUUGAACUAGAACAUUAUUAUAAAGAUGUUGUUAUUUAUAGUAUAACUUUAGAUGACAUAAAGCAAGCUUGCAAGGAAUUUUUCGAGGAGAAUAUUCGUUUAGAGAAUCUAUCAAAUGUGGAUAUAGAUCGCUAUAAUGAAUUUGAAGAAGCCAAAUUUAAUUUUGAUAUAAUGGAAAAGAUACAUGAUUAUUUUGAAAAUAAGAUGAAUUUAAUUGAUGUUUAUUCUGAAUUACCAGAAUCAAUUGAAGAUUUAAAUUCAUUAAAUAUGAAUCAAAGAUGGUCUUUAUAUUUUUGUUGGGUACGAGAAACAAAAGAAAUGAUUGAUCCAAAAAUAAUGAGUUAUGAAGAAAAGUAUUCUCAAGUUUAUAAGCAAUACUCUGAAUUAAGGGAGUUGGAAAAUAUAGAGCUAUUUAAUAAGAUGCAUGUAAUAGCAAUAACUACUACUGGUGCAGCUAAGCAUAGAAUAAUGCUAGAAGGUCUAGAGUCGCCAAUAGUUGUCGUUGAAGAAGCUGCUGAAGUUUUGGAGGCACAUUUAGUUUCAUCAUUAACAAGACAUUGUCAACAUCUAAUAUUGAUAGGCGACCAUAAACAAUUACGUCCUAAUAAUGCAGUUUACAAAUUGGCUAAAAAUUUUAAUUUCAAUAUUUCAUUGUUUGAACGUAUGGUCAAUAAUGAAAUACCUUGUUAUACAUUGAAUGAACAACAUAGAAUGCGUCCUGAGAUAGCAUCCCUAAUAACUCCAUCAAUCUACAAUGAAUUGAAAAAUCAUAUUUCUGUUUAUAAUAGAGAACAUAUUCGUGGUGUAACCAAAAAUAUGUUUUUCCUAAACCAUAAUAUAUAUGAAAAAGAGGUUGAAGAAAAUUCAAGCAAGAGUAAUGAUCAUGAAGCUAGAUUUUUAAUUAUGUUUGCCAGAUAUUUAAUUUUACAAGGGUACAAAACUGAUCAAGUAACAAUAUUAACAACUUACAGUGGUCAAUUAUUCUUAAUUCGUUCAUUACGAAAAAAUCAUCCAAUAUUGGAGGGCAUAAAAAUAACAGUUGUCGAUAAAUAUCAGGGCGAGGAAAAUGAUAUUAUACUGUUAUCACUAGUUAGAAGUAAUGAACAGGGAAAUGUAGGAUUUUUGAAAAAUGAAAACAGAUUAUGUGUUGCAUUGUCAAGAGCGAAAUAUGGACUUUACAUAAUGGGUAACAUGGACAUUUUGUACAAUUCUGGUGAUUUUUGGAAAAAAAUAAUAGCAACAUUAGUAAAUCAAGAUUCAUUUGGUAAUGAAUUGACUUUAGAAUGUGUCAUACAUUCUGGUAUUAUAACAAAAGUUUCAAAGAGUGAAGAUUUCAAUAUAGUCAUGGAAGGCGGUUGUUCCAUGAUGUGUAAAACAUUGUUGUUAUGUGGUCAUUAUUGUGCAAGUGUAUGUCAUUCUUAUGACCGUGACCACGUGGAAAUGAAAUGCAUGGAGUCAUGUAACAAGUCUUGCGAUUAUAAUCAUCCAUGUACAAAAAUAUGUUAUAUGGAUUGUGGACAGUGCUCCGUACUCAUGAUGAAAAAUUUACCAUGUGGUCAUCACAUAGAAUUACCAUGCUUUGUUGAUAUUGAUACUUAUCCGUGUGAAGAAAUGAUGGAAAUUAUCCUAGAAAAAUGUGGUCAUAAAGUUAUGAAAAAAUGUCAUGAAAAAAAUCCAAAUUGUUCAGUUAAAUGUUAUAUUCGUUUGGAUUGUGGUCAUGCUUGUGAGCGCAAUUGUCAUAAGAAUGAUGAUCCAGACCACGAGAAGUACAAUUGCUUAAAACCUUGUGAAAAUAUUAAUAAAAAAUGCUCUUUAAAUCAUAAAUGUCAAAAGAUGUGUUAUGAAGAUUGUGCAUUAUGUACUGUUAAAGUUAAAAAAACUCUGCCUUGUGGACACAUAAAAAAUAAUGUUCCUUGUGGCUUAAAAUGUAGUGAGAUUAAAUGUAAUCUUCCAUGUACUCGUUCUUUAAAAUGUGAUCAUAAGUGUCUAGCUAAAUGCUAUGAGCCGUGCAAACCUUGUGAACACUUAGUACAAAAAGUGAUACCAGACUGUGGACACUCAAUUACAAUUAAAUGUAAAACAUUACCAGAACGUAAGCAUUGCACUAAGAAAUGUGAUCGAAUUUUAAAAUGUGAGCAUUUAUGUAAGAAUUUAUGCGCAAAAAAAUGUACACAUAAAGAAUGUAAGGAAAUAAUAUUGCAAAAGAUUAGUAAACUUGCUUGUGGUCAUAAUAAAGUUUGGGUCUUUUGUUGCGACAAAGAUAAAGAAUUUAGAUUAGAUAGCCAAUAUCUACUUGAUAAAUGCCGUGAACCAUGUCUACAAAAAUUAAAUUGUGGUGAUAUUUGUCAAGGCACAUGUGGAGAAUGUAAACAAGGCCGUUUACAUGUACCUUGUAGUGAAGUUUGCAAUAAGAUAAAUCCGUGUAAUCAUACAUGUGAAUUUCCCUGUAAGGAACAAUGUCCACCUUGCAAUAAAAAAUGCAUUUAUUCUUGUGUCCAUUCAAAAUGUCCUCGCUUGUGUGGUGACCAAUGUGCACCGUGCAUGGAAAAAUGUGAAUGGAAGUGUCCACAUUUGAAAUGCACUCAAAAAUGUAAUGAAAUAUGUAAUCGAGAACCUUGUUAUGAGCCUUGUACAUCAAAAUUAAAAUGUGGACAUGAAUGUAUAGGUUUUUGUGGUGAACCUUGCCCUCCUCUUUGUCGCAUUUGUCAAAAAGAUGAAGUUAAUACAAUAGUUUUUGGUAAUGAAGAUGAACCAAAUGCAAGAUUUGUUUACUUAGAAGAUUGUAAACACUCCAUCGAAUCAGAAGCUUUAUCAAAAUGGAUGGACCAAAAAGAUAAAGAAAUAUGUUUGAAACUGUGUCCAUUAUGUAAAACUCCAAUUUUAAGAACCCAACGUUUUAUGAACCAAGUAAAAGUUGUAGUACAAGACAUUUCAAUAAUAAAACAAAAACAAUAUGGAGAACUAGAAUCUAUUAAAAAAGGUAAAAAAGAAAUAAUUCUAUCAUUAAAAUCCUUGGAUACAAAUUUUGUUUCAAAUUAUUUUGGUGAAAAAAAUAAUGAAUAUUAUAAUAUGAAACAUCUAUGGGAUACAUUUUGCAAACCUUUAUUAGCUUCUUUAAAGUUUGGAAAAAAGAAACAAUCAAACUUCAUUUUACCAGCAAAUGAUAUAGAAUCUUUAAAUUUUGUUGUUGAUUUGUUUAAAACUACUUCAAACUUUAAAAAAAGAAUUGAAAGCAUCAUUGAUGUCGAAAAGAAACAAACUAUCAUUAAUCAUUUUAAGUGGCUACUGAAAGUUGCUUUUACUUAUUCUAGACAGUUAUCUAAUCAACAGAAAUACGAUAUAAAUAUGGAGGUGGUAAGAGGUGCUAGAAUAUUACAUUUAUUUGAAAUAACGUCCUCUACAAAGUUUAAUAUGGCAUAUGCACAAGUGAUGCAAAAAUUUUGUUCAACUGAAAUGGAUAAUUUAGUAAAAAAUAUGGAAAUUCUGUUAAUGUCUUGUGAAGUUUACACUGUCGACAGAGACAAAGAAGUAGAAAUGAUAACUAAGUCAAUUGAUGAGAAAUUUGAUGGUCUGGAUAUUAUUACCGAAGAAGAGAGAAAGAUGAUACACAAUGCAAUGUCCACCAGUUUCCGAGAGGGUUUUAAAGGUCAGGGUCAUUGGUGUAAAUGUCCAAAUGGUCACAUUUAUGUUAUUACAGAAUGUGGAGGGCCAUUAGAGGAGGCUAUUUGUCCUGAAUGUAAAGUACAAAUUGGCGGGCAAAAUUACAGACAUGCCUCAGGUGUAACAGUAGCAUCAGAAAUGGAUGGUGCUAGUCAUCUCAUGUUUCAAACUUGAAUAUUAUAAUAACUUUACCCCUCCCUUAAUUCUCCUAUAAACUUCGAAAAUUACUAAAAAAUAGAGAUAGCACAUAAAAAAAAAUUAAUAUUCAAAUUAA